AUGUCGGAGGAUGGGAGCCCUCACACUCCUACGCGUUUCCAAAGAGAUGUUGAUCGGGAUUUCCAGGAUCGGACACCCAUCCAACAAAAUUAUGAAGCGCCCGAAGAUACCUCCAAAGUUAACUGCGAGUCUCUCAUGGACGAGAACUGGUGGACUGGUGUAGACCCGGAGGAUGUAGAACGGAGGCGGCGAGAGCAAAUCCCGGAACCGCCAUACCACAGAGUGCGUAUUCACAUGCGACUGGACAUGAUUAAACGUUAUGCCUCAAAACUUGGGCUAUCAGAUCUAUUCAAAAUGAUAGAUGGUCUGGAUAGACUGUUAUUUGACGCGGGCGCGGCAACCGACGACUUUGAGAAUGCGCAACGGGAAAUUCCUGAGACGGUGACAGAGUUUUGGGACCCAGAACACAGCUUCCACCACAACCGCAAAGAAGAGAUCGAACGCUCGAGCUACAAAUAUGACGACUCGCCGCUUGCAUCACCUACACACACUUCGAUACCCCUCGAUUCACGCUCGAUCAACCGCUCCUCUCCAUCCUCCAAGGCAGCUUCCAAGGAUGUUCCCCGGGGAGUCUCCAAUGCCCGUGUGCAGAAGAAGCGUCGUGGAAUUCACAACGGGACAAGAAGAGAGCAACGAGGCAAAAGGACAUCUGAGCGACGGCAGCCUCUUCUCCAGGCGAGGGAGGAAGAGACAGACACAGGCGUCUCCCUGGAGUCUGCUUCGGGCAGGGGGCCAACCACGACAACCUUGAGCGAGGAGACUGUCCCCUCUGCGCGAGCCUCACAUGGACCGCGCCGAUCUGACGGAGUCCGAAAGUCGACGCGGAUUCAAGACCGAGAGCAAAAGAAACUCAUCAUCGAAGAGAAACCGAAACCCACCAUUGGAGGUUACAACCUUCGCCCCAAAAGUCGUCGCAAUGUGACAAAAUGA